GUCCUUGCUGAAUGCCUCCUUCUGCUUCCCGGGCUUGUACAAACCACGUCUGGAUGCUGGUGGCCUCUUGAAUGUUUUCAAGGAGCUGAUUCAAUCCGAGGACCUCUUUGCCCAGGUGGAGAUGCACAUCAUCAAUGCUGCCUUUGAGGGCCUGAGCUGUUGGGCCAAUGACCACGACGAGGCUGCCUCGCUGGUUCAUCGUGAUCAGCUUCGGGGACUGUCUGCCUUGUUGCUCUCCCCUGUGCUAGCUGAGCCGGAAAAGCCACAGCCCUACGAGGUGAUGUCCAGGAUCAUGCGUCUGGUAGCGUGGAUGCCGGCAGAGGGGCGGAGGGAGCUGCAGGAGGUCUUGGUCGAGGACUGUUCCGAAGAAGAGGUUCUGCGCAGUCUUGUCGGUCGAGUUCGCACCCACUGUGACGAGACCGUCAAACGCGCACACCAAAUGCAGCGGCUCUCUCCAGAAAUCUGGGAAGGACUCAUGCUUCUCCAGUUGCUUUGGGGGGCCAAUGAAGCCAUCGCAACUCGCCUGGCCUCGUCGCUUCGCACCUCCGACUGGCCUGAGCCGGAUCUUGGACAAAGCUUGUCGCAGACCCUCUCGCAGCUUGCGGGCGCGAAGGCUGCAGGAGCCACCUCCACCUUGCUGGGACGCUUCACCUUGGCGCCACAGGUUCGGGCUCCCGUGCCUGCUUUCGAGUUCCACCUCCAAAGUCUGGCGGAGGAGAAGGUUCCGCCCGAGUUGGAGUUCCGCCUCUUCGUGGAGAACGCCUGCGCCGGUCCAAUAACGCCUGCAGAGGUCCUGGAACUCCCGCUUUAUGCCGCCCGAACCGACUAUGGCUUCGAGUAUGUGCUUCCCAGCAAGAUGCGCAGCUUCAUGGCAAAUCGCAACCUCGUGCCGGUCAGCUACACCCGCAAAGUGCUGCAGGUGGAAAACCACCAUGCGCAGGUUUACUUGCAACAUCAAGUUGCUCGGCGUGUCGCUGCCGACCUGGAG